GGCACAAAUAAAUACCAAGUACAAUUUUAUUUUAAUUUUGAUUUUGUAUUUUAAAUAUUGGUUCUUGAUUCUUGGCAAUUUCAUUUGAUCAUUAAAUAAAAAAAGAUUGCAUUUUUACAAUCUUUGGUUUAUAUAUCUGAUUGGUUUAUGGGGUUUUGGAUUUGAAAGAUUGAAUUUUUAGAUGUGAAUUAUAAUAAUAUUGGCAUUUUGGGAUUUGUUUGGGUUAUUUUCUUGAUUUGGGUAUAUGAGGUGAUCUUGGUAUAUGUUGGAUUCUACAUUUGGUGAUUUGGGUGGUUAGCUUGAAUCUUUCUAACAGCUUCAAGGAGUGGAAACAGCCUCCAGCUGAAAUGCAGGUGUUUAGCUUGUAGAGGAAGUGAAUUGUUUUAUCUCACUUGGGAGUGAACUGGUUUACGAACCUGGAUCUUCUGGGAUACAAUUUUAGCAAUUUAUUGAAUUUUCGUGCAUCUCUUUUGGGAAAGUGCAGUUAGAACAAGUUGGUACCGUCUAGGAAGAAUUCUUGAAAUACUGGUAAUUUUGAUUGAUGUUUGGAGAGUUUGAUACCAUCUGAGAAAUGGUGUAAAUUUAGCUAGUUUUUGGCGGUGGUGAAAUGUCAGUAGUAGUUUCUCCACCUCCAAGUUUUGCACCAUUUCCUGUUCCACCGAUUGUCUUGAGUCCACCUCCUCAGCUUUCUUCUCCGGCCCCUGCAUCUCAGCCUAAUGCGACAGCACCACCUGUGUCUUCUCCUCCUCCAAUCUCACCCCCACUAUCUGCUCCUCCCCCGACCUCACCACCACUUCCACAAUCUCCUCCUCCAAGUAAAGUGACAUCGCCACCUCCAAGUAACGCGACAUCCCCUCCUCCAAGUAACGCGACUUCACCACCUCCAAGUAACGUGACAUCCCCUCCUCCAAGUAACGUGACAUUUCCUCCUCCAAUGGCUUCCCCGCCCACAGCAUCCACUCCUCUAACCAAUGAUCCACCUCCAGCUGUUAGCCCUCCACCUAGCUCGCCUUCCAGUUCACCGCCACCUCAAUCUUCUCCUCCGCCUUCCAGUUCACCACCACCUCAAUCUUCUCCUCCCCCCGAUAGUUCUCCUCCACCUACCCCACCAGUUAGUUCGUCACCACCUCCAAAAGUAGAGACUCCAUCUGUCUCACCUCCCCCACAACCAACUCCUCCUACAAGUUCAUCUCCACCACCUCCAAAAGUUGAUCCUCCUCCUACCUCACCUCCACCACAAGGAACCACUCCUCCAAGUUCACCUUCACCACCUCCGAAAGAUGAUCCUCCACCUGAUUCACCUCCACCACCUGCACAGAAUCCGGAUCCUUCUCCACCACCACAAUCUCCUAAACCUCCAAAAGGUUCAUCCCCUUCACCACCCACUAAUUCACCUCCUUCACCACCCGCGAAUUCACCUCCUUCACCAGCAUUUGUGCCACCACAAGGUUCACCUCCUGCCCCAGCCUCUGACAAACCUAAUAAUUCACCACCUUUACCUGCGAAUUCACCUCCAUCGCCAGCAUUUACGCCACCACGAGGUUCACCUCCUACGUCAUCCUUGGAACCUCCUAAUAAUACACUUCCUUCACCGCCAGUUGCUCCAGGUGGAACCACUACCAAUUCAUCCAGUAACAAUGCAGCAGAUCGCUCAAACAGUCCAAGUAGCGGCAUAGGACCUGGAGGUACAGCUGCCAUUGGUCUCAUUGUUGCUGUUUUAUUGCUUAGUAUUAUUGGACUAGUGGGUUGGUGCGUAUGGAAGCGAAAGAAAAAGGCUAUUCGUCCCAAUGGCGGGGAUGUCAUGCAAGCCUCUGUUGGCUCCACCCCAAAUUCUGAUUCCGUCUUAUUGAAGGUACAGGAAUCAUCACCUGAGACCGGAAAUGGAAGUGGCAACAAAUUCCUAAAUUCUUCUGGAGGAUCUAAUGGCUUGGGAAAUCCACAGAUAUGGUUUACCUAUGAAGAACUUGUUACUGCUACUAGUGACUUCUCAGCAGAGAAUCUGUUGGGGGCGGGUGGAUUUGGUUCUGUAUACAAAGGUUGUCUACCAGAUGGGAGGGAGGUAGCAGUAAAGCAACUAGAUAUUGGUGGGCGCCAAGGGGAUCGGGAGUUCAGAGCUGAAGUUGAAAUCAUUAGUCGAGUACACCAUCGUCAUUUGGUUUCCCUUGUAGGUUAUUGCAUUUCUCAGAACAGAAGGCUCCUUGUUUAUGAAUAUGUCCGAAAUAACACCCUUUACUUCCAUCUUCAUGCGGAAGGAAGGCCUGUUAUGGAUUGGACAACACGUGUUAAGAUUGCUGUUGGCGCAGCUCGUGGAAUAGCUUAUCUGCAUGAAGAUUGCUAUCCUCGUAUUAUCCACAGAGACAUAAAGUCGUCAAACAUUCUUUUGGAUAAUAACUUCGAGGCUCGGGUUUCUGAUUUUGGACUAGCUAAAUUGGCUCAGGAUGCAAAAUCUCAUGUUACAACACGUGUUGUCGGAACAUUUGGAUACAUGGCUCCUGAAUAUGCAUCAAGUGGCAAGCUGACUGAAAAAUCCGAUAUAUAUUCUUUUGGGGUUGUGCUUCUGGAACUAAUAACUGGACGGAAGCCUGUUGAUACAUCUCAGCCUUUAGGGGAUGAGAGUCUAGUUGAAUGGGCUCGGCCGUUGCUUAGUCAUGCCCUUGAGAAGUUGGAGUUUGAUCAGCUGGCAGAUCCACGCCUAGAGAAGAAUUAUGUUGUCCCUGAGAUGUUUCAACUGAUUGAGGCAGCUGCAGCUUGUGUACGCCACUCAGCUGCAAAGAGGCCAGGGAUGGGACAGAUCAUGAGAGCUUUUGAUAACAUGUCUAUGUCUGAUCUGACAAACGGGAUGAGAGUUGGUGAAAGUACAAUAUAUAACUCUGCAGAACAAUCUGCAGAAAUAAGAUUGUUUCGAAGGAUGGCAUUUGGGAGUCCAGAUUUUAGUUCCGAUUUUUUUAGUCAAGGUACACAACAUAGCGGAGAGUCAGCUGAAGAUAGGGUAUAAUACACAGCUAAAGGUCUUUGCUAAAGCAAAUGUAUAUGUAUGUCAGUAUGUGUUUAUAGAUCAAAGGUAGCUACAUUGAGAAGUACGGUUUGCAUCUCCGAGGUGAUUUUGGCCCGGUUUUGUAAGUAGAUUGCUUUUUGACUGGUUACAUAUAUAGGCCAAUCUAUUGUUGUAGCAAUUUUUCCUGUAAAUAACAUGAAUUUUUUUGUCAUCUCCAAUAUAUUUGUUCUUUCAAAGGUUUA